AGUCCCCAGAGUUAGAGCCGCCACAAUGUAUGAGCAAAGAGGAAUUCAUUGAGAGAACAUACGCGGCCGUGGGGCACGGACUGAAAGAGGAAUACGGCGAUUUAUUUGAUAAGAUAGAUGUGAGUCGCGAAGGUUUCAUUGAUUGGGACAAAUUAACAUCCUUCAUGCUGCUUGAGCUUUACGAGAAAGAUGAACGAGUGAAAUCAUCAGUAAUUCCCCAGUGGAGGGAUAUUCGCAGCCUCCCAUUAAUUCACAAGGAAAACAUCCAAAAAGUAGUUUAUUUGAAAGGUUCUUGCCGCUACGUAACUUUGAGCAAAGAUGGAUUACUGGGAGUCUGGGGAGAGAAUUUAAAACUACAAAGAAGCCUGCGGAUUUGCACUGAUACUGUCAAGCUGAAAGAUUUAUGGGCGACGGGCUUGGUGUUUCUGGCCAAUGUAAACAAGAUUGCAGUUGCUUUUACCAGUAAGGAGAUAUGCUUCUAUGAUCUGAACUCAAAGCAGGACAUAUUUUGCCAGUAUAAACUGCAAGGACUUCCUGGUACACCAAUAUCCAUGGACUACUGGCAUGACCAUGAAGAUGGUAACAAUGCCAUUCUGACAAUUGGAGAUGUUAACGGACAGGUCCAGGCUAUUUGUUUCACAACAGCUUUGAUAUCCUUGUUUGAGCGGCCUGCUAAUUCCACAGAAGACCAACAGACGACUCUUUACAUUGCUUGGAAUGAGUUAGUUUCUGGUUUCCACAAAUGCUGUAGUAUAUUAAAACACAAACUCCAUGAAAGCAACUGGGUACGCCAAGUUAGUUACAGCUCUCAUUUGGAGGCAUUUCUGUCGUGUAGUACAAGUGACAAUAACACAGUGAUUCUGGCCUGGAGAGAGAAAGGCAAAACCCAUCUGAGGACAACAUCACUGAAUAUUACAAAAGGAAUUAAUGGCUUUGACUAUGAUUCCGGAUUAAAUAUAAUUGCAACUGCUGGAAUUGAUAAUAAGAUUUGUCUGUGGAAUCCAUAUGUCAUCUCCAAACCCAAUGGGAUUCUACAAGGCAAUAUGGCCAGUGUGAUGACCGUCAAAUUCAUCUCCAAUCGUAAGCAGCUUCUCAGUUUCUCUAAAGAUAAGGUGUUGAGGGUAUGGGAUGUUCAUCAUCAAGUGUGCAUACAACGUUUAGCUGGGAUCUUCCCAAAAACUCUGGAAUUUCAAUUAACCUUCUAUUUCUACGAGCUCCACGGACGCCUCUUUCUGUCAUUCAACAAUCAGUUGGCAGUUCUAGAAAUGAAGAGUGAGGCUAGCAAAAGCGUGGCGAGCCACGAGAAACCAGUAACGUGUGUGCUGUACAACUCGACUUUUAAACAGGUAAUCAGCUCAGACAUAGGAUCAACGAUUACUUUCUGGAUGAUAGACACAGGACGGAAAAUCAAACAGUUUGCAGGCUGCCAUGGAAAUGCAGAGAUUAGCACUAUGGCUUUAGAUGCAAGUGAAACCAGGCUGCUAACAGGGAGCACUGAUGGCACAGUAAAGGUGAGG